GCAACAAAAAGCCGAAAACUCAGUCACUUGCCACUGUCAAAUCAAACUUUGGCACUGUAUUCUUUUCAUGCCAAGUAUUUUUUUGAUCGCAUACUUAUACCCAACUUUGCAAUGGAGCAGCGAGUGCCGGAAACUCUACGCGGUAAAGUAAUAUUCAGUAAAAGUCUCCAUAUACCCUUCAACGUCUAAUAGUUGAUUAAACGAAUUGUACACCAAUGAAAUGUCAACUGUGUAGAAGCUUUUACUGACUUAAAUAUAAACCUGAAUAACAAUAUUUAUGAAGACGGACAACAGCAACAGCCUCUUUUACCUCAUUGGAAAGAUAUAACAGCGUUUUUGGAUGAAGCAACAGAAGAUUUUGAUAUUGGCCAGCUUGUUCAUUUGCAAUCGUUCACCUUAUUUGAUGCUAUGGGCGCAAUCGUAGUUAUGGAUCCCCGAAUGGACACUGGUAUGAACGUCAACAACAAUAAUGACGAGCAGCAGUCUUUUGAUAUCGACAAACGAUUGUCAGGAAAGCAAACUUUAAACAUUAUGGAUCAGUUAGUUGUGCGCGAAAUGGCAUGGAUCUCUGGACAUUCGUUAUCACAAACAGUGUUUACUUGUAUAUAUUUUCAUCAUGUGCAAAAAUUGAGCCAACUACCCAUGCCUACAUUAUCAAACUCCUCUGCAGAAGAUACGAUUUAUGGCGUUCUGAAAGCAUAUAUAUUAGCCACGUUGAAAUGCUGCCAUUACAUAUUUAUGGAAAUGUCUCAGGGCAAUGUAUACGAAGAAGAAGACUUUACUACUAAUUUGUUCGGCUUAAGCCUCAAUGACCAACAAAGGAGCGUAACAAUAUUCAACGAUCUCGAUUUUUCUCUCCAACUCCUAAAUCAUCGUUUAUCUCAUUGUGGGGAUAUUACUGAAGAGGACCGGCAGAUAUUCAUAGCCCUGCAAAAAAGGGUAGAGCUUCGUAAAUCAUUUCUAUUGUCGCUUGUUCAUCUAUCUCAAUACUCUUUGAGUGAAGCCAAAAAGGAAUUAGAGAAAAUGAUGAUUAUUUUGGACAAUUUGGAUCUAUCUUUAGGCGAAGACUACCCUUAUGCAUUCGACGCGAAUAUAAAUAGAAAACUAACGUCCCAAACACCGCCUCGACCCGUGGAAUUAGUUUCUGUUGAGCAGUCUUAUAAAGAAUUUAAGGCUAUGAUAGAGCGUCUGAUAUCCAUAUGCGAUGUAACUGAAUUCUCAUCCGUCACUUCGUUAAUGAAUUAUUUCAUAGCUUUUGGCUCUCGUCGACCCUACCCUGAUGCGUUUUCCAGGUCAAAGUUGAAUGUAAAUAUGGUCUACAUCUCACGUCAGUCAUAACUUCUUUGUUCAAAAGCGAAAGAAAAAGACUAACUUGGCAUAUCUUUCUAUUAGUCCAUCUUUUAUCACGACAAGUU